CCUUGGAUCAUGUUCAAGAAAUUUGAUGAAAAAGAAAAUGUGUCCAACUGCAUCCAGUUGAAAACCUCAGUAAUUAAGGGUAUUAAGAACCAAUUGAUAGAUCAAUUUCCAGGUAUUGAACCAUGGCUUAAUCAAAUCAUGCCUAAGAAAGAUCCUGUCAAAAUAGUUCGAUGCCAUGAACAUAUAGAAAUCCUUACAGUAAAUGGAGAAUUGCUAUUUUUUAGACAAAGAGAAGGGCCUUUUUAUCCAACCCUAAGGUUGCUUCACAAAUAUCCUUUUAUCCUGCCACACCAGCAAGUUGAUAAAGGAGCCAUCAAAUUUGUACUCAGUGGAGCAAAUAUCAUGUGUCCAGGCUUAACUUCUCCAGGAGCUAAGCUUUACUCUGCAGCAGUAGAUACCAUUGUUGCAAUUAUGGCUGAAGGGAAACAGCAUGCUCUGUGUGUUGGAGUCAUGAAGAUGUCUGCAGAAGACAUCGAGAAAGUCAACAAAGGAAUUGGCAUUGAAAAUAUCCAUUAUUUAAAUGAUGGGCUGUGGCAUAUGAAGACAUAUAAAUAAGCCUCAGAAGGAAUGCAUUGGGAUAAAUAUGGAUAUUGUGCUGUAUCUGUGCUUGUAUGUGUGUGUGACAGCAUGAAGAUAAUGCCUCUGUGGUUAUGUUGAAUAAAUUCUACA